UCACGGCAAUGUUCUGGCUAGCGGGCUUCGAAACAGCGGCCAUUGUAGACUAGUGCAGGAGUAUCUUUGAGAAAAGAGAUGGAGGGAAUGGGGACUGGGUAGAAAAGGAAAGAAACAAAAGGGAUGUCCAAAAUGGUGCUUCCUUGCUUGUCGCCAAGGGCGGCCCGGCAUUAUUUAUAUGUCCGGCCGACUGCCGCCGAAGCUUCGGGCUCUGCUGCUGGGCGGAGCGAAUCUAUUCGCGAGGAGGAAAUCUGCGAGCAACCAAACAGCACAGGAACUGCACGUAAUUUGUCUCCCGUUUGUUCGUGCGGGGCUGCAGUGCGUGCAGAGCCAGCAGCGAUCCCUGGACUGCCCAGCGCGCCAGCUAGCCAGCCAGCAGGACACGGCCAUUGAAUGGGGGCUCCGGCAGAUGUCCAGGGAGCCUACACAUCGUCAUUGGCACCAAUCGGGAAGCCAUUUGGAUGUAGUUGUGAACCAGCCACUCUGCUGGUGCAUCAGCACUGUCUACUGGAGAGCAUGGUGCGAUUCAGUGGGAAUUGAACGCUGAUUGAAAAGGCGCACUGACUGGCACUUGUCGGCAGGGGCAUCCUCACCCUGUGCACCGAGCGGGGGCAAUAGAGCACAUGUCGCGCCCUU